AUGAGUAUUAAAUUGUUCGCAAUUUGUGUGACAACUAUCCUCUGUGUAGGAUAUGUUGCUGGUGAAUAUUGUUACAAUGAUGUUGUUGGUGCAUGCAGCCCAGUUGGAGGAGAAGUCCAAAACUGUAAUUCAAGAUAUGGAGCUUUCAAGGGUGAUGAAUUAUUGGUAAAUGUACAAGGUUAUGCCAACACACAUAUUUUGCGUAGUUUUCAAUUCUUGCUAAUGUCUUCUCAUUUUGGUAACUUUGAAAAGAACCGUGGUGGUUUUGAAAAGCUUUACAGACAAUUGUCUGACAAUACAUGGGAAAAAGCAAUUGAUCUUGUGAAGUUUAUUGGUAAACGAGGAGGACACAUGAACUUCCGUGCACGUAAAGACGAGAAGAAUGAAAAACAAAUUGAUUUUGAAAUGUAUGAAUUGGGAAGUAUGGCAAGAGCUUUGGAUAUGCAAAAAGGUUUGGCUGAAGAAGCACAUUUCAUUCAUGCUGAAGUCACUCGCAGAAAGGAACAUGAUCCCGAGGUUGCAUCAUAUUUGGAGAAUAACUUCGUACAUCAACAUUCUGAUAUUAUAAGAACAUUGGCUGGUCACACCAACGAUUUGAAGAAAUUGAUUGGCAAUCAACCUGAUCCAAGCUUGUCCCUUUAUCUCUUUGAUGAAUAUUUGCAGAAAUCAUUAUAA